CAGCGGCAUCCUUUCUUCAGCUUCAAGAUGGGCUUUCCUUCAGCUAUUGGACAAGCUUUGAAGCUUGCAUGUGCUGGUUACCUUGUUUCAGCUGUGUUGACUAUUUUUCUGCCUAAGACUUUUAAGAGUCAGGCUACAAUGGGAAAUUUCAUUGCUGAGCAGAUCAUCUUUUACAUUGGGACUUUUGUAGUUUUUCUCUGUUGGGAAUUAGGCCAUCAUUUACAUCAGGUGCUACUUACAAAGAGAUUGAUAUUCGCACCUCCGAAAGGAACAGCAGCAGCUGAAACAAAUCCAAGUGAACCUCUUCUUUCAGCAUUGGAAGAGAGCACACCAAAAUCUCUUUUGCAGUAUCUUGCAUAUCUUGACCUAUGUAUGGCUUGUGAGAGGAAUGUUGAUACAUGGCGCAGAGCUGCCUUUUUCGAAGAAACAGGUGAGACUUACAAAAGAGUUCUAGCUGUAUGCCUGAGGCCUCUGGAACAGCUCACACUGAAGUUGGAUGGACAUUUGAAAAGUUUUUCAGUCGACAAUUCUUUCCUGCUGGCCCAUCAGCUACACUCACCGACAGAACAAUUAGUAGAGUCAAGUCUUUAUGAUCCAUUUUAUGAAUUCCAGGUAUGA